UGAUGAAAAACAAGUUGAAAAUUUACGAGUCAAAUGUUUAUGUCUAUCUAAUCGUCGUCUAUGACCGACUGGCGGCUGACGAGUAGCGACUGUGUAAUGUGCACUACGCCGUAGUGCUGUACUACUCAGUUAUUCUUAUUUUCUAUUAGACAUUCGUUAAACGUUGUGCGCCUUUUUCAUUUUCAUUUUAAUCCAUUUACGUUGUAAGUUGUAAAAAGAAAAAUUGUAAUCUUGUGUUUAUGUUUUGUUGAGACCAAAUUAUUAUGAAUGAGAAAUUAUAUAUAUGGUCAAAUGCUUAUUUCUGAUAAUGUCCAGAUAUUAAUAGUUGGUAAAUUUGAAUGUACAAGCAUUAGAAUCUAAUAACCUAGAUGAGAUUAACAUACACGAUGUCAAUAUCGAUGUUAAUAGUCAUUGUCCGUGACAAACUGAAUUAAUCUCUUAAGUGAUCGCAUAUUUACAACAGAUCAACGAAUCUUUCUUGUAACAACAGUCAUGGCUAGAAAAUCAUCAACAAAGUUUUGUUAUCCCCAAAACUUUUGUAUUGCGUGUAAUCUACCAAAACAGAAACUUCAAACAUCUUUACACUCAUUUCCAUCGUGUCCAAAAAAACGGCAGGACUGGAUACACGAAUGUAGAUUACCAGAAGAAAUAGUUUUACCAAAUAGUAAACUUUGUGCCAACCACUUUGCGCCAACAUGUUUUAAACCCGAUAUAAAGAGACGGAUACUUCAUCGUGAUGCUGUACCGACAAUAUUUAAACAUUUAACAACAAAAAUACCAACAAGAAAACCCGAAAUAGUUAUUACUAAAAAACCAACGAAAAGGUCCAAUACUUGUAUUGUGUGUAAAUCAACACGAAAACAUUUAAGAUCCAAUUAUUCUUUGCACGCAUUUCCGAUAUGUCUAAAAGAACGGCAGGUUUGGCUGAACCAAUGUAAAUUAACAAAAGAAGUCUUACCAAGCCAUAAGAUAUGCUCUUACCACUUUGAGCCAACAUGUUUUAAACCUGGUCUAAAGAAACGUACGCUUUAUCCUGAUGCUAUACCGACAAUUUUUGAUGAAGAUUCAGAUUGCAAAGAAGUUUGUUUAAAAAAAGCGGUUGUUGUUCUUACGCGUAUUCAACGGCCUAGACCCUUAGAUUUUAAAAAUGCUAAAACAACAGAAGAAACUAUGCAUUUGUGGAUGUUACACCAAGCAUUUUUGAAAUAUCAUAUAAAAAUAUUUGAAGAGAAAAUAAGAAGUUCAAAAUAAACGGAAAAGAAAUAGAAUUUUACAAAAAUAAAUAUGAACACUAACUAAGGCGUAUAAAUCAACUAUAAAGGAUAAAAGGAAAGUAAAUUAAGAAAUGUAUAUUAUUAUAAAUACAUUUUUUUUUUUAAUUUUACCAGGA